AUGGUGGCAUCGUCUGGCGACAUUUCGGAAUAUAUUAGAAAAUGCUGCAUAAGUGGACUUCGCAAUGCCCGCACCUCGGCCUCUUGUGCCAGCAUGGAUAUGGCUCCGACGAAUCCCCAACUCUGGCUGGGAUUGUGCCACUCCACCUUCGAGGUGUGCUGCUCCCGGGAAUUGGAUCAUCAGAAUUGUGAGCUUGGUCGAUUGGCCGCCUUGGAUGGAACUCGCUGUGACGGCGGAGGGAAUGUUACAUCCCACAGUGCCUAUGCCACAUGCUGUCGAUCUUGUCAAAUUGGAUUGGCCGUCAAGGCGAGCAAAGUGAACUGCAAGGAUCCUUUAUUCUCCUUUAUAUCCGCCAUCGAAUCAUACCGAGACUGCUGCUACGAAGAUGGUUCUCCCUCAGGCGGUUCGGAAUCUAGUUCAAUAAAAACCAAUGACUCCUCAACAGUGGACCUGGAUCUUGAUGAUAAUGAAAACAAGGUAAUUCCUGAAUCAGAAUCGGAAGCGGACCCAGACGAGGAGGGUACAAUUGUCCUAACUGGCGACGAUGACAUUUGUGGCAAAAUUCCCAAUCUGUGUGCUCACAUCUGCGAGAAUACCUUUGAUGCCUAUCAGUGCAAGUGUCGAGGGUUUAAGCUGGAUUCUAACAAUGUCACCUGUUCAGCUUUACCUGCUGCGGAGGCCAACAACAAAGUGUGUCCCAGUGGCUAUGAUCUAGACGAGCUCGAAAGCAAAUGCAUUGACAUUGACGAGUGCAAGGAGUUAUCUCACGAUUGCAAAAUAUCUCAAUAUUGUCACAAUACAAUCGGUGGAUAUCACUGUUUAAAUGUGAAAGCAAAGGAAUGUCCAGUGGGACAACAUUAUGAUGGUGAAUUGGAUGAGUGUAAAGAGUCAAAAACUACUUACUCUACGGAAACCAGAAAACAACCAUCUUGUGACGAUGGAUUUAAUCAAGGAGGAAGCUGUACGGAUAUAGACGAGUGCGCCAAUAAUGCUACGAAUAAUUGCAAUAACAAUCCCCAUCAGGAGUGCAGGAACACCCUGGGAAGCUACAUCUGCCACUGCAAGAUGGGAUUCAAUCUGGAUGCCACAUCCAAUGAGUGUGUGGACAUUAAUGAAUGCUCGAUUAACAACCACAACUGCCUGCCAACGCAGAGGUGUGACAACACGAUUGGAUCAUAUAUAUGCACGCGCCUUCAAAGUUGCGGCACUGGCUACACGUUAAAUGCGGAGACUGGGAACUGUGAUGAUGACGAUGAGUGUGCUUUGAAAACACACAAUUGCCCAUAUAACUAUGACUGCUACAACACCAAAGGAUCUUUCCGGUGUUACAGGAAAACCACUACGACACGUUAUACCACUACAACAACAUCUACAACUACUACAACAACAGCGAAGCCUUUCUCUUGGGAAACAAGAUAUCGUGCUCCCAACUAUGACACCUCAUCGAGAUCGCAAUUGGAUUGCUCUCCUGGAUUUUACCGGGACAGUUAUGGCGCAUGUGUCGAUAUAAAUGAGUGCCUGAGAAGCAAUCCGUGUGGCAGUCAUCAGCGUUGCAUCAACACCAACGGACACUUUCGCUGCGAGAGCCUGCUCCAGUGUUCUCCAGGAUACAAAUCCACAGCGGAGGGAACGUCCUGUGUUGAUAUCGAUGAGUGUGCCACUGGCGAGCACAAUUGCGGCGAAAGGCAAAUCUGUCGGAAUCGAAACGGUGGCUAUGUCUGUGCCUGUCCUACGGGUCAUGAACUCAAGCGUCUCUCUGCUGGCAGCAACACCUGUGUGGACAUCAACGAGUGUGCCCUGGACCAGCGGGUUUGUCCUUCGAACGCCCAGUGCUUUAAUACCAUUGGAUCCUUCUAUUGCGAGUGCAAAUCGGGCUUCCAGAAGAGACCGGACGAUGAUAAUAACACACAAUGCUUUGAUAUAGACGAGUGUCAAGUCCUCACGGGUCUGUGUCAGCAGAAGUGCAUCAACUUCUGGGGUGGCUACAGGUGUACCUGCAACUCAGGAUACCAAUUGGGAAAUGAUAAUCGCACGUGCAACGAUAUCAACGAGUGUGAAGUUCACAAGGACUACAAGCUGUGCAUGGGAACCUGCAUCAAUACUCCUGGAUCCUAUCAAUGCUCAUGUCCAAGGGGCUAUACACUAUCGGCAGAUGGAAGCACAUGCCGUGACAUCGAUGAGUGCACCACCGAGACUGGUAGUCAUGUUUGCACUGGUCGGAAUGACAUCUGCACCAACACCCGAGGCAGCUACAAGUGUACAACAAUUAAUUGUCCCCAGGGAUAUACUGUUGACCAGGAACAGAAAAAUCGGUGCCGGCAAAAUAGUAACUUUUGCGAUGGAGAAGACUGCUACACGAAGCCCUCGGCUUACACAUACAAUUUCAUAACCUUUGUCUCCAAGCUGAUGAUCCCACCCGAGGGGCGGCCCAUUUUUACCCUCAGAGGCCCAUUGUGGUAUGAUAACAUCGAUUUUGAUCUUAAAAUUGUUCGUAUCCAAACAACCAACAAUAUUCAGAAGGCAACUGAUGCGAACUUUGACACUUUAAAGAACAACAAUCAGGUAAAUGUUCUGCUAAAGCAAUCUCUGGAGGGGCCACAGGACAUUGAGCUGGAACUGAGUAUGACAGUGUUCACCAACGGCAUGCCGCGCGGGAAGAGUGUUGCAAAGCUAUUCCUCUUUGUUUCGCAGCACACAUUUUAGUACCUGAGCGACACAUUAUUUUCGUACAUCAUCUUUGUAUUUAGAAGCAUUAAUAAAUACAGAGACGUUAAAAAAUUUGCAAAGAUUUAA